GAGAGAGCGAGAGCGAGGGCGCUUGGGAGAAGCCUCACCCAGCGGCGAUAGACUAGUCAGGCCUCAGAAAGAUGGCGUCUUCGGAGCAGGCAGAGCAGCCGAGCCAGCCAAGCUCUAAUCCAGGAAGUGAAAAUGUGGCGCCUCGAGAGCCGCUGAUUGCCACAGCAGUGAAGUUUCUACAGAAUUCUCGGGUCCGCCAUAGCCCACUUGCAACCAGGAGAGCAUUCCUUAAGAAGAAAGGGCUGACGGAUGAAGAGAUUGAUUUGGCUUUCCAGCAGUCGGGCACGGCUGCCGAUGAGCCUGCAUCCUUGGGGCCAGCCACACAGGUGGUUCCUGUCCAGCCCCCUCACCUCAUUUCGCAGCCAUAUAGCCCUGCGGGUUCCCGGUGGAGAGAUUACAGCGCCUUGGCCAUCAUCAUGGCAGGGAUAGCGUUUGGCUUUCACCAGCUCUACAAGAAAUACCUGCUCCCCCUCAUCAUGGGCGGCCGGGAGGACAGGAAGCAACUGGAGAGGAUGGAGGCGAGUCUCUCAGAGCUGAGUGGCAGCGUGGCACAGACAGUGACUCAGUUACAGAUGACUUUAGCCUCUGUCCAGGAGCUGCUGAUUCAGCAGCAGCAGAAAGUCCAGGAGCUCGCCCACGAGCUGGCCACAGCCAAGGCCACCACUUCCACCAACUGGAUCCUGGAGUCCCAGAACAUCAAUGAACUCAAGUCGGAAAUUAACUCCUUGAAAGGGCUUCUUUUAAAUCGGAGGCAGUUCCCCCCUUCCCCGUCGGCCCCGAAGAUCCCCUCCUGGCAGAUCCCGGUCAAGUCCCCGUCACCCUCCAGCCCCGCGGCCGUGAACCACCACAGCAGCAGUGACAUCUCGCCCGUCAGCAACGAGUCCACGUCGUCCUCGCCUGUGAAGGAGGGCCACAGCCCUGAGGGCUCCACGGCCACGUACCACCUGCUGGGCCCCCAGGAGGAGGGCGAGGGGGUGGUGGACGUCAAGGGCCAGGUGAGGAUGGAGGUGCAGGGCGAGGAGGAGAAGAGGGGGGACGAGGACGACGAGGAGGACGAGGACGUGAGCCGCGUGGACGAGGAGGACCGCCUGGGGGUGCAGAGGGAGGACCGCCGGGGUGGGGACGGGCAGAUCAACGAGCAGGUGGAGAAGCUGCGGCGGCCCGAGGGCGCCAGCAACGAAAGCGAACGGGACUAGGUGGCCGGGGUCCUGGUCCAGGUGCAGGACGUGGCCUUGAGCCGGGCGGGGCAGGGCUUCCGCAGCCUCGCCGGCCUGGGCGGCGUGAGGGCCGAAGCGUGUCCACCCCGCCCACCGCAGACAGACAGGCCUCUGACCUUGUUCUCAUGUCGGGCCGAGGGCUCCGAACUCUCUGGGCGCAAGCCCCCCCAGCCCCCUCCCAGGCAGACGUCCCGUCCAGGGGUGUCUGCUGGGUGUCUUAGCCAACCUAACGCCGUGCAUGACAAGAGGUAGUUUUAUUACCUGACUCCUGACCCUCUGGAGGAGGAGCCGCGGGGCCUGGCGUCUGCCGUCCCUUCCCUCCGCCCCGGCUCCCUCACUGCUUCUCACCAGUGACCAAGGGGGCCGCACUCUCGUGAUCCCCAAAGCAAUGGCCCUGCGCUUCCCUCUGGGCGGGGCCUCCCAGGCCCCCCAGGCCCCCCAGCCAGUCCCUGCCCAGACGAUGCCAACCUUGUGUGCCCGUCGCAGCUGCAGCCUGGUCGUCCGCCACCCACGACAUCACGCUGCUCCCGACCGUUCGCUUGCCGCAUCGUGGCUCAGCUACUGCCAUGGCGAGAUGUGGUCCCACAUCCACUAGGAGCCAGGCACAGGGUCUUCCUGUCUGUCCCCUGCCCCGCCCUGCCCCCCAAACAUGUGUUCUUUUGUGUGAUCAGGUAUAGGUUUCAGAAUAUAAGAUACGACUGUAUAUAAUUGUAAUAAAUAUGAGUUGCCACUAUUUAA